AGCUCCAUCCCAACCUCCUCGCGCGGCGGCAAUCGCCAUGGGCCUCAAGCUCCUGCGGCUCGCGGCCACGCUCCUCUCCCCGGGGCCCGCCUCCCCGGCCUCCGGCGCCGACGCGCAGGGCGCGGUCCUGCGGGCGACGGCGCACCACCCGUCCACGGCCCCGCCGUCCGCGCACCACCUGGACGCGCUCCUCGCCUUCGGCCGCGGCUCGCGCCUCUCCGCCGCGGCGCUCGCGUCCGCCUUCACGGACCGCCUGCGCGCCGCGUCCUCUGGCGGCGGCGACGCCGCCGUGGCCCUCAAGUGCCUCGUCGCGCUCAGGGUCCUGCUCGCCCGCGGCGCCUUCAUCCUCCGCGACCAGCUCCUCGUGGCCCUCCUCCGCCACCCGGCCUCCGGCCGCAACCCGCUCGCGCUCGCCGACUUCCCGCUCGGCCGCUCCUUCGCGGCGGCCUCCUGGGUCCGCUUCUCCGCGCGCCUCCUCGAGGUGCUCCUCCUCCUGCCGGACGCCUCCUGCGACCCCGAGCACCUCACCGCGCUCCCCAACCCGCACCUCGUCUCCGAGCUCGCCGCCUUCGCCUCCGUCGCCGCCGCCGUCCGCCAGGCGCCGCCCCCGUCCUGCGCGCCGCAGGCCCACGCCCUCAUCUGGGAGGCCGUCCGGCUCGCCGAGGAGGACCGCGUCACGGCGGAGCGCAACAUCGCCGCGAGGGUCCGGGAGAUGGGCGAGCGCAUCGACACGCUCGGCCUGGCCGACGCGAUGGAGCUCGUCUGCGUGCUGAAGCGGGUGGAGGAGAGCGCGGCGUCCCCGCCGGAGUGGAAGUGGGCGGGGCUGGACGAGGCCGUCGUGGCCGACGCGCGCCGGCUGCGCGAGCGCGCCGAGGAGGUGCUGCUGCGGAGGACGGAGCAGGACAGGCGGCUGCUGCGGAGGGACCCCGCGUGGAGCGCGUCCGCGCGCGUCGUCAUGCUGCCGGCCCGCGCUAGCGACGGCGCCGCCGUCCGGUUCGGCUCCUCGCGGUGGUCCGGCACAGUUUCUUCGUGGCGAUAAGACAUCGGCGGCGAUGCCUAUGCUUGCUCCACUGUUUGCAAGUUUCAAACAUUUGUUUGUCGUGGAAAUGUGAACAUUUGUUUGUUGAAGAAGCUGAGCAGAAUGAUCCAGGCUGCUUUUUUGACCGUUUGAUCGAAGAUCAAUUCGAAGUAGAGCAACUUGUUCGUUCUUGAUUAAAUUAUGUGCUGCUUGCUGGUUUCACGAUCAAAGAUGAGAGCCGUGAUGAUCGGUGAAGGCGAAAGAUCGGUCAGAGCAUUGAGUGCUUGACAAGCCCCUUCCGCUCCUGCGCUGGAAAAUGACAUUUUGCCGCCAUUGUUCUCCACAAGAUGCAAUCAUGCAAAUUACACGCGUUCGUCGGAUGUGGUACAAAAUUAAGAAUCGGAUAUUUACCCAUCAUAUCAAGCACGAACUCACAAUCUGAUAGCGCGCACCCUUCAUAAACAAUUUGUGUCUUUUGACUUUGCAGGAUGUGCAUGUAGUAUAGAGAAUGAGGUCAGUUGGGUU